AGAACCAUAUUUUCAUGAGAAAGUUUUUUUUAGGGUUAAUGAUUGAGGAAAGGAAUUUGAUGUAUUCCCUCCAACUCCGAAAACAGCCUUGCAUCUUCCAAUAAACAGAGAUAAAGAUUCCGCGGCUUUGCUCCACCUUCAACCUCCCUUUUGGUUGCACGGUUGCUAUCUUUCUCUCUCUCUCUCUCUCUCUCUCUCUCUCUCUCUCUCUCUCUUCUCUGUCACUUUCCCGGCGCCACCGUCAGCUACAAUACACGUACUUACAAGGAGAUCUCAGCUAACAAAAAUCACAAAUUAAAUAGACAGAGAUCGAGAGUGAUCGACUUACCUAAACAAAUCAUCACACCAUUUUCUCAAUGGCAGAGAAAAUCUACCCUGCUUCCAAGCCCAACACCGGCCCCACUCCCGCCGCACCCACCGGCGCCGGAAACGGAAACGGUAAUGGAAACCCUGCGUUUCCGGCUACCAAAGCCCAGAUGUACAACGCCACUCGUCCGGUGUACAGACCUCAACCCCGCCGCAGCCGCCGUAGCUGCUGUUGCUCUUGCUGUCUCUGGAUCACCUUUGUUAUACUUUUGUUGAUUGUCAUCGCCGCCAUAGCCGGUGGAGUUGUGUACGUUUUGUACCGUCCUCACCGUCCUUCGUUCUCAGUCUCCUCUCUUCAUGUCUCUCAAUUCAACCUCACUUCCUCGGAUAAACUCACCACGAAGUUCAAUUUCACCAUUUCAGCUCGUAACCCUAACAAGAAGAUCGUGUUUUUCUACGACCCGGUUUCCGUUUCGUUCAAUUCGAAAGACGUUGAUGUCGGUGACGGAUUGAUUCCGGCCUUCACGAUGGGGAAGAAGAACACGACGAUGUUGCGGACCACCGUGUCAACGACCGGACAAACAGUGGAUGAUAACUCUGCUCUUAAAUCAGAUCUGAAGAACAAAAAGAGUUUACCAUUGAAGAUCCAGCUCGAUACCAAAGUGAAGGCGAAGAUCGGAAGCUUCAAGACUAAAAAGGUACCGAUUAGAGUUACUUGUGAGGGAAUCAAGGCGGCAGCACCCACCGGAAAAACGGCGACGACAGCAACAACUUCUGAUGCUAAAUGCAAGGUGGAUCUUCGAAUUAAGAUCUGGAAAUGGACAAUUUGAAAUUAUACUUUUCAAUUGAAGGAGAAAUCAAAGGUGUGAUUAUCUGAAUUUGAUUUUUUUCAUGAAUAUUGUGAUUUUGGGGAAAGUUUGGAUUUGCAUGUUUAGGAACAGGAUUAUGGGUGUUUUUUUUUAUUGUGUUUGAUAGAAUACGUUAUAAGUUUGAUAUCUUCUGAUUAAUCCAUAAUUGGAAAUUGAAUUUUUGUUAUGAAUUUAAGCAUUUUCCAUUCA